AUGCUCGUGCUCUUCGAGACGCCAGCGGGCCACGCGCUGUUUCAGCUGCUCGACGCUGGCAAGCUCAAGAAGCCGGACAGCCUGAGGGAGAGCUUCAGCUCACCCGACAAGACGCGCAAGCUGGUAAAGCUCAAAGCCUUUAAAAAGUUCGAGGACACGGCGGAGGCGGUGCAGUCGGCGACGGCCCUGGUGGAGGGCAAGCUGAGCGCGACGAUGAAGAAGUUCCUCAAAAAGAACGUCGCCGGCCAGGACCUGAAGGAGUCGCUCGCCGUGUGCGACGCGAAGCUGGGCGCCACCAUCAAGGAGAAGCUCAACAUCGCGUGCGUGCACGACGAGGGGGUGAUGGAGCUGAUGCGAGGGCUGAGGGCGCAGGUCGAGGAGCUCGUCACGGCGGCGACGCCCGCCGAGAUGCGCUCGAUGGCCAUCGGGCUAGCGCACUCGCUCUCGCGGUACAAGCUCAAGUUCAGCCCGGACAAGGUGGAUACGAUGAUCGUGCAGGCCAUCGGCUUGCUGGACGACCUCGACAAGGAGCUAAACACGUACGCGAUGCGGCUAAAGGAGUGGUACGGGUGGCACUUCCCGGAGAUGGGCAAGAUCGUGCCGGACAACCUGAUGUAUGCGAAAACCAUCCAGAAGAUGGGCGUGCGCACAAAGUGCAAGGGCCUCGACUUGUCGGAUAUCCUUGCCGAGGAGGUCGAGGCGGAGCUCAAAGACGCCGCCGAGAUCUCGAUGGGGACCGAGGUGUCGGAGGAGGACGUGGCCAACAUCCUCAUGCUGUGCGAGCAGGUCGUCUCGCUGUCUGAGUACCGCGCGCAGCUCUGGGACUACCUCAAGAACCGGAUGAACGCCAUCGCGCCUAACCUCUCGGUGAUGGUGGGCGAGCUGGUGGGCGCGCGGCUGAUUGCGCACGCGGGCUCGCUGAUGAACCUCGCAAAGCAGCCCGCCUCCACGGUUCAAAUCUUGGGCGCCGAGAAGGCGCGCGCCCUCCUCGCUCCGCCGGAUCUCGGCGCAGCGUUGUUCCGCGCGCUCAAGGCCAAGCACGACACGCCCAAGUACGGGCUCAUCUACCACGCGUCGCUCGUGGGGCAGGCGCAGCCAAAGCACAAGGGCAAGAUCUCGCGCGUCCUCGCGGCAAAGUGCGCCCUCUCGGUCCGCGUCGAUGCUAUUAAUUAA